AUGGCGUCCAAUGCCGUGCUAGUCAUCACCAAGCGCGUCUCGCCCACUGUCGACAUCCUCAAGGUCGCCCUCUCCCGUACCUCAAUCAACCCCACUCUCACCCAUCACUCCGCCGCAAGAACUCCCGCCUCUUGGUCCGCCUUUGACGGUCACCUUCGCCCUUUUUCUACCUCUAACAGCGCUGCUGCCCGCCUCCAAGAGGUGCGUCCCCGCAGUCUUCACAGUCUUGUUCACGCCACCCGGCCUGCUGCUCUUUUGAACAGUCGUCUUUCAACCCUCCAGGGCGGCAACUCUCUUGUUUCUUCCAGUGUCUUGCCUCUGUCACGUCGUGCCUUUUCGAGUUCUGCGCGCAUCCUCAAGGACAAGAGCGACGAUGGCAAGAGCGGAUCGGGUGGUGACGGCAAGGACUCGGGAUCUGGAUCGUCUUCCUCGUCUGGAUCUGGAUCCGGAUCUGAAGGCAAUAGUGCAGGAUCAGGAUCGAGUGGAUCGGGUAGUGGCAACGGCAACGGCAAGGGUGGCAACGAUCGCAAGGUCACAAAGUUCACAUUUGAUGUCGGAUCUGGAGGACCCUCAACCAACAUUCUCGAGAACGGCCUCUCCAAGCCUGCCAUUCCCGAGGUCUACCCCCAAGUCUUGACCCUCCCCAUCGGUCGCCGUCCUCUCUUCCCAGGGUUCUACAAGGCCGUCGUUAUCAAGAACCCUGCCGUCGCCAAUGCUAUCAAGGAGUUAAUGAAGCGUGGCCAGCCAUAUGUUGGUGCCUUCCUGCUCAAGGACGAGGACCUCGACAUCGAUACCGUCACAAGCAUGGACCAAAUUCACUCUGUCGGUGUAUUUGCUCAGAUCACAACCGUCUUCCCCGCAAGCGCAGGCAGCGACGAGGGCUCGAUCACAGCCGUGCUCUAUCCACAUAGGAGAAUCAAAAUCAAGGAGUUGUUGCCUCCCUUGAUCCUUCCCGACGGAUCCGAAGCUCCACGCGAAGGACUGCUCGUCAAAGAGGCUGGCGAAGGAGCCGCGGAGAAAUCUCAGCCUCUCACCAUUAAGGUUGCAGAUGCUCUUCCCGCUGCUACAAUCACGCCAGAGGUCACCUCAACCGUCGUCGACAAGCCAACUGGAGCAGAAGCAGGAGCCAUUGAUGGAACACCUGUCGAUGAGGCCGCUGCUGCCUCAGAUGCCUCAACGGAUCCUCAGCACUUGCCAACCGCCUUCUUGGCCAAGGAGUAUGCAGUCACCCUUUCGAAUGUCGAAAACAUGGUCGACGAGCCCUACAACCGUAAGAACCAGGUCAUCCGUGCCAUCACUUCCGAGAUUGUCGCCGUCUUCAAGGAUAUCGCCUCGCUGAACCCUCUCUUCCGUGAUCAGAUCGCCAACUUUUCGAUGUCACAGUCCGCCGGCAAUGUUUUUGAGGAGCCCGCCAAGCUUGCCGACUUUGCGACCGCUGUGUCCCAGGGCGAUCCCGAAGAGUUGCAGUCUGUCUUGGAGUCUCUCUCGAUCGAGGACAGGAUGCAGAAGGCUCUUUUGGUCCUCAAGAAGGAGUUGAUGAACGCUCAGCUUCAGAGCAAGAUCAGCAAGGAUGUUGAGAACAAGAUUGCUAAGCGUCAACGCGAGUACUACUUGAUGGAGCAGCUCAAGGGAAUCAAGAAGGAGCUGGGCAUCGAAUCCGACGGCAAGGACAAGCUGAUUGAGAAGUUCAGAGAGAAGGGUAUCAAGUUGGCUAUGCCUGAGCAAGUCAAGAAGGUUUUCGACGAGGAAAUCACCAAGCUCGAGCAUUUGGAGCCAGCGGCGUCCGAGUUCAACGUCACAAGGAACUACCUGGACUGGCUGACCAAUGUCCCAUGGGGCGUUCGCUCUCCCGAGAACUACGACAUCCGCCAUGCUGUUCGUGUCCUUGAUGAGGACCACUAUGGACUUAAGGAUGUCAAGGAUCGUAUUCUGGAGUUCAUUGCUGUGGGUCGUCUUCGCGGCACCGUUGAGGGCAAGAUCAUCUGUCUUGUCGGACCACCAGGUGUCGGAAAGACGUCGAUCGGUAAAUCGAUUGCGCGUGCAUUGGAUCGCGAAUUCUACAGAUUCAGUGUCGGAGGAUUGACGGACGUCGCCGAGAUCAAGGGUCAUCGUCGUACCUAUGUCGGAGCCAUGCCCGGAAAGGUCGUCCAGGCCCUCAAGCGUGUCCAGACCGAGAACCCACUCAUCUUGAUCGACGAGGUCGACAAGGUUGGACGUGGACAUCAAGGAGAUCCUGCCUCUGCUCUUCUAGAGCUGUUGGAUCCUGAGCAGAACAGCUCGUUCUUGGAUCACUACAUGGAUGUGCCAAUCGAUCUCUCCAAGGUCCUGUUUGUCUGCACAGCCAACGUUCUCGACACCAUUCCCGGUCCCCUUCUGGAUCGUAUGGAGGUGAUCCAGCUCUCAGGAUACAUCUCUGACGAGAAGAUUGCCAUUGCUUCGCGCUACUUGGCCCCCACUGCCAAGGAGGCAGCAGGUCUGGAGGGCGCCAAUGUCACGCUCCACGACGAUGCCAUUGAGGCCCUGAUCAAGAACUACUGCAGGGAGUCUGGUGUCCGCAACUUGAAGAAGCAGAUCGACAAGGUUUUCCGCAAGGCCGCGUUCAAGAUUGUCCAGGAGAUGCCCGAGAUCGAGCGUGCGGAGCCCAAGAGGAAGGAGGCCGAUUCCAUCGACGGUGACUUCAAGCCUUUGGCAGGAAUUGUGAAGGAUACUCCUGACGAGACCUUGUUGGACGAUACCGAUGUCUUGAAGCAGCAAGAGGGCGAGAAGAAGGAAGACAAGAAGACCAAGCCCGAGGUCUCGUCUAAUGUUAAGGUUGAUAUCACUGCCGAUAACCUGAAGGACUAUGUUGGACCGGCUGUCUUCCAGGCCGACCGACUUUACGAUGCUACUCCUGCUGGAGUGGUGAUGGGUCUUGCCUGGACGUCGAUGGGAGGAUCUGCUCUCUAUAUCGAGUCGUGCUUGGACGGUGGCCUCACUGAAAAGUCGCGCCCCAACUUCUUGAGGACCGGACAGAUGGGUGAUGUGAUGAAGGAGUCGACAUCGAUCGCAUACACGUUUGCCAAGAACCUGGUUGGUCGUCGCUUCCCCGAAAACCGUUUCUUCAACAAGGCGGCGAUCCAUCUCCAUGUCCCUGAGGGCGCUACCCCUAAGGACGGACCCUCUGCAGGUAUUACGAUGACGACGUCGUUGCUGUCCCUCGCUCUCAACAAGCCCUUGGAUCCUACAAUUGCGAUGACGGGAGAGUUGACGCUAACGGGCAAGGUGCUCAAGAUUGGUGGGUUGAAGGAGAAGACGAUUGCGGCCAAGCGGUCUGGUGUCAAGACGUUGAUCUUCCCUCAGGCCAACUUGCCCGACUGGGAAGAGCUCCCUGCGAAUGUCAAGGAGGGCGUGACGGGCGUCCCUGCGGCGUGGUACGAGGAUGUUUACAAGGUUGUCUUUGGUGAUUCUGUGUCGGAGAAUGAGGGUAACAACGUCUGGCGUAAGGAGUUGCCUGGUGGGGAUGACACCGAGGAUGAGACCGAUAACCGUGAGCCAAGAAGGAAUGAGGUCCGGGAGAAAAAAUCUAAGCAGGAUGGAGGAGAUGGACCAGGCAUGGACUGGAACAACAAAUUGAGGUGGUAA